AUGCUGGCGCGUCAGGUGAUUGCGCGCCAGAUUUAUUUUCGCUUGGUAACCAGUCGACGGUGCCUGCUGCGUCAGCCUGGCACAGCCCUGGGAGUCAGGUGGUCCCAGCCGAGCUGCGGCCUGGGCCCAAGGAUCAGCCGCGUUAUUUCGCAGCAAUCGGGGUGGCUGAGCCCAACGAAAGGCCCAGCCCUUGUCCGUGACUGUGACAAAUUUUGGCAAUCUGCAAGCGUGAUUCCUUGUGGUUUGCUGAUCUCCAUUCACGCCUUUAGACUGAAGCUCUUGGAAAUCACAAGGUUGCUGUUCUACCCUUCGGCCCAGAUAGUUGCUGGUUCGACGUUCUCUUUUGCACAUGAGAAAGCACGUCAUGUCAAGGCGGGAAAGCACAAAUUCCCACCAGCAGAGGCAGCAUCUGAGGGAUUGCGAGAUGACAGCAGCCAGGGAGGAGCUGUAGGAAGUCUUCAAGCAGCUGCAGACCGCAUUCUCUCGAAAUCCAGCAAACUCCCACGAGGUCAAACACAACCAGGGCCGAGCCGUUUGGAUCCGCAACCGGACGCGGCUGAGUUGGAUGAGGAUGCGACGGGCUACUUGUUUGCCCCUGAGUGCGAUGCAAGUGCAGUUGAUAUUGAUGCUCGGGUGUACCAAUUGGUUCGCACAGCAGCUGGUGGUUCUGGGCUAUCGCGUGUGGAUAUAAAGGAACUACUAUCCAUUCUCAUCGAAGUGGUGGCCAGCCCCGGACGUCUAACCAUUAGGUCUCUUGCAGAGUUCGAUAAGUGUGAGGAGGAGCAACUGGCAGGGGCGAACAUUGAACCGUUCGAGCAGGUGGAGUUAACGAAGGAAGGGGAUUUGAGGCCUGUGAUUCUCUGA